CUGCUGGAAGUUGGAGCCGCAGACCAGAAUGUAGGAUCCCAGCGUCUGAGACCCACCUAGCAGUGGCAGUUUGACCAAGAGGAAGCCUGCCUCGUCCUGAGCUGGCCUCAUCAACAUAGGAAUCAAGAAGAGGACUGACUGGUCACUUUUAGGAGUUUCAAAUCAUGGCUCAUGUAAUGACGUUCAGAGAUGUGGCCGUAGACUUCUCUCCCGAGGAGUGGGCGUGUCUGAGCCUGGAACAGAGGAGUCUAUACAGAGACGUGAUGCUGGAGAACUACAGCCACCUCGUCUCCGUGGGACUUUGCAUUUAUCAACCGCAUGUGUUCCCUGUGUUGGAAAAAGAACAAGAUGCCUGCGUGGAUUUGAGCAAUGAGACCAGCAGAUUUCUCCCGGAUACAGAUUCCGGGUGGCAGAUGAAGAAAGUCCUACCAAAAAACAGCAUUUUCGGAAGUCGGUUGUCGCGCUGGGAGGUAAUGAGAAUGGAGAGAAACCAAGGGCUCGAAGGCUCGAGUCCUGGAGUCGAUUGGGAAGAUAAAGGUCAGGACCAAUCACAAAAUGAGAAUCAAGAGGAACGUCUCAAGCAAAUGACACUCACCUGUGACAAAUUGCCCCUUUUGAAUCUGCUCACAGCUUUUAAUCAGUGUCCAAGACUGAAUACAGCAGAGAAAGCGAAGGAAUUUAAAUCUGAAAAAUCCUUUAGUUUUGCACCCGAGCCCUCUCAGCUUCAGUUAAUCCACACAGACGCGAAAUUCCGGGAAGAUAAAAGCUGCGGAAAGACCUUUCCUCCUGGCCCUAAACUUCCUCGCUACCGUGCAGUUCCCGCCGGCAAGAAGGCAUUUCAGUGUGAGGAAUGUGGCAAGGCGUUUAGCUUCCGCUCUAGCCUCACGGGUCACAAGAGAAUUCACACCGGGGAAAAGCCUUUCAAAUGUAAGGAGUGCGGGAAAGCCUUCAGAUUCCAUUCACUGCUCAGCGUCCACGUUCGGACUCACACGGGCGAAAAGUCAUACGAAUGUAAGGAAUGCGGAAAGUACUUCAACUACAGCUCAGACCUGACCCGCCACCACCGGAUUCACACUGGAGAGAAGCCCUAUCAGUGCAGGGAGUGUGGGAAGGCCUUCAGCUGCGGCUCAGACCUUACUCGCCACCAGAGGAUCCACACGGGCGAGAAGCCCUACGAGUGUCACGAAUGCGGAAAGGCCUUUAUCCAGCAGUCGCACCUCAUUAAACACCAGAGAAUCCACACGGGCGAAAAACCUUACGUGUGCAAGGAGUGCGGGAAAGCCUUCACGUGCGGGUCCCAGUUAAGUCAGCAUAGGAAGAUUCAUACUGGCGAUAAGUUCCAUAAAUGUAAAGAAUGUAAAAACUCCUUUAGUUUCGCCCUAGACCAUACCCAGCGGCAGCUAAUUUACAUCGGGGAGAAGUUCUUUGAAGACAAGGAAAACGGGAAGGCGUUCUUUCCCGACGCCGAGUUCCCUCAGUACGACACAGCUCCCAGCGGUAAGAAACUGUACGAGUGUAAAGAAUGCGGCAAGGCUUUCAGUCUGCGCGCCAUCGUCAGCAGCCUCAAGAAAAUUCACAACCGGGAGAAACUCUUUAAAUGUAAGGACUGCGAGAAGGCCUUCCGGUGCCCCUCAGACCUCUCACGACAUCAGAAGAUUCACACGGGCGAAAAGCCCUACAAGUGUAAGGAAUGCGGGAAGGGCUUUAUUUGCAGAUCCGACCUGGGCCGGCACCAGAGAGUUCACACCGGUGUGAAGCCUUACGAGUGUAAGGAGUGUGGGAAAGCUUUCACUCGCGGAGCCCACCUGACCCAACACCAGAAGAUUCACAGUAAGAAGUCGCACGACUUCAAUGAAGGAGAGAAGGCCUUUGGUUCUGGUUCAGACCACACUCCAGGAUCCUUGAUUGAUACCGGCGAGAAAUGCUGGGAAGGUAAGGAAUACGGAGAGACCGUCCUUCAUGACCCAGAGCGUACUCAACCUCAGACUGCUAAGACAACAUAUGACUGUAAGGAGAAGGGCAAGGACUUUAGUUGGCGUUCACGUGAUACGGAUCUCAAGACAGUUCAUAUUCGGGAGAAACGUUUUCAAUGCAAGGAAUGCCCGAAGGCCUUCAGGUAUAGCUCGGAACUGACCCGACACCAGAGACUGCAUACUGGAGAAAAGCCAUAUAAAUGUCAGGAGUGCUGGAAGGCAUUUGCUUCUGCCUCAGACCUCGCCCGGCACCAGAGGAUUCACACCGGUGAGCGGCCCUACGAGUGUAAUGAGUGCGGCAAAGCCUUCAUUCAGCAGUCACAUCUCAUUAAACAUCAGAGAGUUCACAAUGUCGAGCAGCCCAAGGACGUGAUGAGUGCGGAAAAAUCAUCGCCUGGCAGUCAGAUGCUGUUAAACAUGAGAGAGUUUACACUGGUCAACAAUCUUAUAAAUUUACGGAGUGUUGGAAAGAUUCUGCUCAUGGCCCAGCUCAGUCAGUGUCCAAAGGUUUAUACCGAUGAGAAACUAAGUUAAGGUGGGGAACUGGGAAAAGCCUAUUUCUGAGUCUCAAAUCCUACCCAGCACUAGAAUGUCCACAUGGGUGGGAAGUCUGGGGAAACCUUCAGCUGUAACUCAAGUGUGUCCAUGUCCAUCUGUGGCGGUAGAGAGUCCCACAGUGUUAGCAAUGUGGAGACGUUUGUGGGUUCAGUGUCUUGCUCAAAGGGAGAAGAUUCAUGGGAGGAGACUGGAUAUAAGGAAUAUGGAAAGACCUUUCUUCAUGGUCUUCAAUAGACAUCUAUAAAAUCAUGCUGACUAAGAGAACUGAAUUCAAGGGAUUUGGAAACAUUCAUUCAUGAUUCUGAACCUAACUGGUAGUAAAUACUCAAGAGGCGUAGGAAAGUGUGGAAAUGCCUUUCAGAAUCACAGUGUUAGAGAGCGUAGACUGGCGAGCAACCCUGGCUGUCCGAGAAAGGUGGAAAACCUUUGAUCUUGGACUUGCCUCUCAUGUGACAGCCCCAUAAAGGUUAUGAAAAGUGACUUUAGUUAGUCAACACCCGGACAUUUAUACUUCCUCCUGUGGAGCGAAGCCCAGACCCUGUGCGUGCUGAACACGAAUUCCUGUUUCUUAGCUGCACCUCUGACCCUCAUGUUUGAGGAAGCCCAUGAAGAUAAAUAAAUAUAUGGAGAUGUUUUACACAAAAACAAGAAAAGCUAAUUUAUUUCUAACUCACUGAGUUAAUUUUGUUUUUUAGUAAAAAAAGAGCUUUUGGUAAAAUAACAUGUCUGUCAUCCAACGUCAUGAUGUAAUGGCUGUUAAUUUAGGAAAAGCUUUACUGGUGGGUUAUUUAUGUAUGGUGAGGAUGUCUUAUAAGAGAAGUGGUAUAUAGCUCUAUUGCAGAAUAUUUGUAGUGACAUGUAAAUGUGUAACAUAUGUGAGACGUGAUUUUUAUAUGUGUCCUAGGGAAACUUUGAAGUGCUUGUGUUUUUGUUUUUUUUUUUUUUUUUUUUUCGGAGCUGAGGACCGAACCCAGGGCCUUGAGCUUGCUGGCCUCUACCACUGAGCUAAAUCCCCAACCCCUCUAAGUGCUUGUGUUUUAAUACAACAUAGAAAGUCCAAAAGAAUUUUUAAAAAAAUUCAGAAUUGCAUUUUAAAAGUUCUGUGAGGGCUGGAGAUGUGGUUCAGUUGGUAGAGUGUUUGCCUGGCCUGCACGAAGCCUUAGGUCUGUUCUCCAGCUGUAUAAGCAGGCAUUGUGGCAUCUGCCUGCCUUCGAUUCUAGAUCUCAGAAGUUCAAGGUCAACCAGGAGUUCAUGAGUCUGUCUCAAAGGAAAAGGAAAAUCGUGUCCAACUAAGGUUACCGGAGAUCCAUAAUAUAGAUUUACAUACACACACACACACACACACACACACACACACUCUGUAGGCUCAUUUAGCUUAAUUCUUUUUUAUUUUAUUUUUUUUUUUUUUGGAGCUGGGGACCGAACCCAGGGCCUUGUGCUUGCUAGGCAAGCGCUCUACCACUGAGCUAAAUCCACAGCCCCUAGCUUAAUUCUUAUAUUUGAAAAGUUUCAGCCAUAAAGGUAAAUGACUCGUCACGGAAGAGCUGAGCCUUACAUGGAAAGGGAUGGUGACGCUGGCUUCGUCUGAGCGUUUUCUGUGGGUGGGCGACAGUUCUGAACGAUGUCCUGAGUGUCAUACAGGUGCAGUUCCUGGUGCCUCUUAGUACCAUGUGUUAUAUACACGAUUGCGAGUGAGUACAUACAGGGCAUUUAAACGUGUCUCAUGUGCAUGCCAUUCUGAAAUUACUGUUAUCUAUGAACAUUACCACUUGGAGAAUUUUGUCAUCUAUCUUUACUGUAAUAAAGCCAUAUUCACUCUUG